UUUUAAACAGCCACAGCGUACUUUAACAUUUAAAAAUUUAUAAUAUACAUAUUGUUCAGAAUUGAUUAUGAGAUUUGGUAAAAUAAGUUCAAGUAAACCUUAAAGUAAACUUAUUCUAGCUAAUGUCGGACAUUACGUCAAUGUAGCUGCCAAUGUUGAUAUUUAUAAUUAUAUAUUCAGACCUCUGAUUGGAUCUAUAAUUGAAGGAGGAAUGAAUGCUACAAAUACCAUAAUACCAUUGGCAAAUACAUCAAAAGUCCAUUAAAUGGUUUUACAACUAUUUAUAAUUCUGAACAUUUUAUAAAUAGUAUUAUUUUAAUCAGAAAGGUGCAACUAGAACAAUUACAAAAACCUUUGGCUAAAAAUAGUAUUGGAAAACAAAAAUCAUUGGAUUCUAUUAAAGCUUUUAAUCAAUUUACAAAGAGUAAACUUUCUCAAUCUUUAAAAUAUCAUAGUAAUAACAAUAUCAAUGAAAAUGCAUUUAAGUUACUUGUGGUUUCAGUCUACAAUAAUAGAAAUGUUAGUGGAGUUAAUAAAAUAAAUCAGUAUAGUAGCUUGCAAAAUGAUUCUAAUGUAACUGAUAGUAAAUUUAGACAAAAAUUACUUAAAAGGAUUGGAAUUUAAAUAAAAUUGUAAGCCCAAUUAAUUCACAUAAGAUGAAAUUGUAUACUAAUACAACCAAAUAUUUUGUUGGUUCUAAUUGUAUUUACAACAAAGAAUUUACAGAAAACACAUCAUUUACUCAGUUAAAACAUAAUUCAGAUAAAGGAAUGCUUAAUAAUUACUCAGAUUCAAAUGAACUAACAGUUAAAAAUUCAACAUUAAGUUUAAGUAAGAAAAAAACUAAGAGUAUUAAAAAAAAAAAUACAGAUGAUUGUAAAAACAAAUUUGAAAAGAGUUCAAAUAUAUCUGAUUCGGAUAGUAGUAGCAGUGAAGAUAUUGAAUUCCCUAUAAAAUAUUUAGGGCAUGAAAAUUUUUUUAGUAAAGAAAAUGAAAAUGACAAAAAUAAUUCCGAUGAUGAAAUGCAUUCAAAAUUUAGACAAAAUGUAUCCAAAAGACAAAAUACAAACAAUCUUAAAAUAUAUUAUAGCACUGAUGAAAGUGAUUUGUCUUAUAAAUUAUCUUCAAAUGUAUUAAUUGUUAAUCCUAUAAAUAAAUCAGAAACUGAAAGCUGUAACAAAACUUUUGACAAUAAUUUGUUGUCAGACAAAAAAAAAUUCAAAAAAUACAAUAAAAGAAAAGAAGUAAAUAAUAAAUCUACAUUUUCUCAAUUGUCCAAUAUUAAUAAAACUGACAUAGAUCAAAUUUUGGAAAAAGAUUCUAGUAGUGAUGUUGGAUUAGCUCUCAUAAACAAAACAAGUAAUGAGAAACAGGCAAAUGAAAAAGUUUUAAAUAAAAACCUAGGUUCUACGAAUAUAACAAACUCAAGUUCUGAUGAUGAAUUAUUUAUUCGAAAUUUGUUGAAAUCAAAAAAAAAAAUUAUUUCUUCUAAGCAAAAUAAUAUUAAUUUGUUAGUCAAUGAGGAAGAUAAAAAACAUGAAUUAAUAAACAAAAUAUUGACUUUAAUAAAAAAUAAAAAUAGAAAACAAAAACAAAAGCUAAAAUUGCAUGUUCCACAAACUACCUCAGAUGUAUCAAAAAAUAGAAAAGAUGUUUUACACUUAACAAUUCCUAUUGAAGAUUUAAAAUUUAGUAUGCCUAUUUAUAAUUUUUCUCAAAAACUUCACUCCUCAAAGUUGAAUACAAAACCUAAUGACAGUAUUUAUGAUGAAAACUAUAUUAUAAAAAAAAUUAUGAAAGAACGAAAACUUAGUAAAAUUAUGAAAGUUGAUGUAGAAAAACAAACUACAAAAAAACAUAAAAAAUCAAAAUAUCAAAAGGCAUCAAUGUUAGUUUGAUUAAAGAAUGAUGUUAUAAAUAAAAAAAGAGAAAUAUCAAGAGGAACUAAGGAUUUUCUUAUAGAUAGUAUAAUUGGUGCUUUAGAAGAUUCUUCAAGUGAUCAUGGUUCUACUAAGAAGAAAAAACCUAUAAUUUAACUAUUGAAUCACUUAUUGUUAAAAAUUGAUGUUUAAAAGAAUAGAAAAGUGUACAAUAGUAUUUACUUGUAAAUCGGACACAUUUAUUUUUAGACAAAUUUAUGAUGAAGUUGGAUUUUGGAGGUCAAAAUUAGGU